AUGGAUCCCCCUACAGCAGCAGCAGCAGCAGCAGCAGGAGAAGCAGAAUACCGCUUGCCCAACCGCAUCAUAGCCCGUUUCACACUUGGGGAUAAUGAAAAGUAUGAGCUGCCUAUACACCUGGGGCCCCAAGGGGCUGAGGCUUCACAGAAGAAGAGUACAAUAAGAGGAUCUCUAACUGGAGUUGCUGCUGGCGUGUUGUGCUUGGUGCUGCUGAGUGUUUUUAAUGAUAUUCUUGCAGCAGCAAAGAAGCAGAGGCAGAAGAGGCAGCAGCAAAGAGAGGCACGGGCGCUAGAGACUCAAAGAAUGGCAGCGCUCGCUGCUAUGAGGCAAGCAGCGCAGCUGCUGCUGCAGCAGCAGCAGCAGAUGCAGCAGCAGCACGAACAGCAGCAACAACAGCAGCAGCAGCAGGUAAGGCAUGAAAUGCUAGCAGCAGCAGCAGACAUCGAAGAGAAGAUUAUUGUUUUGCAGGAUGCCCUCCCCAAUACAACAGCAGCAGCGCAGGGCCUUAUUGAUUUGCUGCUGCAAGGAGCAGGAACCCUCACGGAUGCUCAGGUGAAGCAGCGGCAGAAGCAGCGGCAGCAAGAGCAGCAGCAGAAAAACAACAGCAACAAGCAAACUACAGCAUCGUCAAAUGAAGAAAGAAAUGCAUCGAAGGGAACAAAACCAAGCAAGGGUUCUGCAUACAGCAGCAGCAGCAGCAGUAACCUGUUUCCUUCAGACUUAGAGUUAGCACAGGAUGAUUUGCUUUGGGGGCCCCUGUCGUCUGAGGAUAUGGAGGGGGCCCCUUUGGGGCCCCCCCUUAGUAUGCCUUCUGACCCUCUAGACGAUGUGUUGGGGCCCCUGGGGGCCCCCAUCUUCUCCCAGUUUGAGGAGCUCGCGGGUCUUCUAUCUGAGAACUGGAACCUAUCAAGCAAAGAUGCACUUGAUAUCUUUUCAGCCCUUGGCCGUGGCUUCCCAACGGGUAAAGAUAAAAAGGGGGCCCCCAAGGGGCCCCCUAGUGAACCCCCUGAGGGGCCCCCUAGCGAGCCCCCUGGGGGGCCCCCUAGCGAUCCCCCUGGGGGGCCCCCUAGCGAUCUCCCUGGGGGGCCCCCUAGUGAUCCCCCUGGGAGGCCCCCUAGUGAUCCCCCUGGGGGACCCCUUAGCGAUCCCCUUGGAGGGCCCCCUAGUGCUUUCCUUGAGGGGCCCCCCAGCAGUGCCCCUGCUGUAGGGGCCCCGGAUGUUCCCCCUCAUGGGGGGCCCCCAGGUACAACCUCUCCGGGGCCCCCUGGCCCAACUCUUAGGGGGGCUUCAUCGGGGGCCCCCUCUGAAGCGGUGUCUGGGGGGCCCCCAGAGGGGCCUGAGGGGUCUGUGGGGCCCCGUGGGGGCCCCCUUGGUAGCAAUACAACACCGGAAACGCAUAUUAACAACGGCUGA